UUGUCAACCACAACUCAUGUUGAUUCUGUAGAAGUUCUUUCUUAAACUGGCUUCAUCCAUAUACUGAGAAAGUUUUUAUAUUUGCCACAGGGUAAAAUGCACACAAAACAAAACCAGAUUUCUUUCUACAGGGAUGAUAAAAACUUGUGCAGUAAAGCCCUGGUGAGUGAAGUAAAGGCACUUUGUAAAGCAGAACUAGUUACGGCUCUCCAGAAGCUAAUCGUAAAUAGUGCAGAUGGCUGCACUUCGCUGCAAUCCAAAAAAGAGCCCAAGGACCUUGGGGAAGCAUCUACUGAUCCUCUUUCAGGCGUUAUUCACGACCUUGAAAAAUCGUUGGGAGAAGUUUUGUCAUCGAUUUUGCAAACAGAAAUGAAGAUUGCUUAUGGAGACCUAUGGACAGAGGUUGUGUAUCGGACACCUCCGUGGACGUUAGCAGACCUACUGGAGUGCUACAAAAAACACUGGAUAGCUGUUUUUGGACUGAUCAUACCAAGAAGCUUUCUUUCAACAAUUGAGUAUCUUUCAACACAGCUCUGUAAAGACAAAAAGGCUAACCAUGCAACAAUGAAGCAGGUGCUUCAGGAAACCAAAAUGCUGUUGGAGACAUUCAGCUCACGAUCAAGCUAUGAUGGUACCCUUCCACAGGCCUCUGCUUCAGUGAAUACACUGUGUGAGACUCUUGAGAAGAUUCGGUCAGGUACCGGACAGAAUUCUUCAGAAGCUACCUGUGAAAAAAUGGAAGAUGUGACUUUGAUUCAACACACUGAGGCAGGAGCCAAGUCACUGCCAGCAGAGCCAUUGGCUCAAGGAAAUAGACACCAAGAAAUCUGGUCUGUCCUUGAAAAUGUCUGGAACACAAUGAACCUAUACAGGCUUGAAGUUUUCCAGAAGCUGGAUCUCAGUACAAUAGACACCGCUCAGUACAGGUCAUCGUUCAAAGAAGCUUUCUUAGGCUUACAGAAAUUAAUGGCAGCUGUGAGUGAAAUUCUUGCAGGAAUCCAGCUGUAAGUGUGGAUGUAUACAUAAAGUAAGCGCAGUGGAAUGCUUGCUGAGGUUUGGUAGUGUUGUAGUUAUGCAUUGACCCUUGUGGGGAUGGGUAAAUUUCAGGCACCUGGAAUACCUGUUGUCCUACCAUUAUGACCUGUUGGCUAGCAAUUAGUUUCUUUUCUUUGGUCUUGGCCAUAAAAGGAACUUCACUGUCAUGCAGUGGAACAAGGGUUUCUGAAGGCCAGAAGCUUUGAUGUACCUGAGGCUAAUGUUUUGUAUCAAAUAUAAUCAGAUGCCUUCCAAUACAAACCCUGAGGGCAGCUGUUACUGGGACAGCAUAGUUUUUAUUGCCAAAGGUUUGGUGGCAUGUUUGGGCCAGCUAGAAUUAAAAAGUUGGCUCAGAACUGGUGUAAUAUUUCUGUCCCAAGAACCUGAAAGAGCUCCACCAAUCUGAACAGGGAGCAGCUUAUAUGGCCCUGUGGUGAGCUGGAACCUGGUACAAAGAGGUGGAAAGGAGGCAGGCACUCCAAGAGGCCCAGGGAAGCCAGGGACUGCAGCCCCCUCUACAUGUCCAGAAGGCUUCAGAAUGGUAGCAGUCACCAGAAGGGACCCAGCCUGAGAGACAGCUGUAACUCUUGACACCAGGUAGCAUAGGGAUGUAGUGCAUAAAAGAAAAUGGUCUGGAAAUUCUGAGUUGUUGAAAAUACCGUAUGAAUAGGUGGACUGGAUAGCGAGUUUUUUUGUCAAGUGUGAUGUAGUGCUUAAGAGCUGGUAGUUUAAUACGGAGAACCGGGUUUGAUUCCUCACUCUUCCAUAUGAAUGGCCAACUCUAAUCUGGUGAAGUGGAUUUGUUUCCCUACUUGUACAAGUGAAACGUACUGGGUGACUUGGCUAGUCACAUUUCUCUCAGAAUUCACUUCAGCCCCACAUACCUCACAAAGGGUUUGUUGGUGGGAGAGAAAGGGAAGGAAUUUGUAAACUGCUUUGUGACUCCUUACUGUCGAUGAAAGCAGGAUAUAAAUCCAACCUCUUCUAAAGAUGAAACAAAAGCCCCAUGGCACCUUAAAAACAAACAAUGUAUUGCAGGGGUAAGUUUUCAUCAAUCUGAGUUCAUCUGUGUCCCAUCUGGUUCAUGAAAGCUUAUGCUGGAAUGAAUUUCUUAAGUUUUUAAAGAUGCUCACAGAACUCCUCUUUUAUUUUGAUCGCUAACUUCUUUAUUUUGAUUAUUCGCCCAUGUAGAAUUACCCUUUUUAAAAUAAUUGUUCAUUGUAGAUUAAGGGUGCAGAAACAUCUGCUGCCAUCUAAUGGCAAUUUAGGGAGACAGUAGAAAAUAACCGUGUGGCUUGUCCCUUUGAGCAGACCAUCUCUUAAUUAUGUUGGACUGUGCAGCUUAGGCAUGGGAAUCUUUGAGCACUCUCUUGAGGAGUCUGUAAUAAGGAAGAAACAGUUCUCACUAGUACCCAUUGGUGAUGGACUGUUGUAGAUUUUCCUUGCCUAAAAGUCCCAUGAAAAGCAGACUAUAAAUAGCAUAAAUAAAACAUAAGC